GUAGGACGCGCGUCGCUUCUUGACCACUACAAAAGCUAGUCCUUACUUCCAUCUCCUUCAUUGCUAGACCAUCAUAAUGGCUGACCCUAGCGGUGCUGCACCACAACCAGGUCUUAAUGACACUUCUACCGCAAUUCUGCGGCCAAAGAAAUCGCCAAAUCGGCUCAUUGUCGACGAGGCUACUUCAGAUGAUAACUCAGUGGCAACUUUGAACCCUGCAACCAUGGAGAUUCUCAAUCUCUUCCGCGGCGACACUAUCAUCGUGAGGGGGAAGAAACGUCGUGACACAGUUCUCAUUUGCUUGAGCUCCGAUGACGUCGAGGAAGGUCGCAUUCAGGUGAACAAGGUUGCUCGGAAUAACUUGCGCGUGAAACUUGGCGAUCUUGUCAAUGUUCAUCAAUGUCUUGACAUAAAAUACGGCAAGCGGAUACACGUCCUGCCCUUCGACGACUCCAUUGAAGGUCUCAGUGGUAACAUCUUUGAUGUCUAUCUCAAACCCUAUUUCCUUGAAGCAUACCGACCUGUCCGCAAGGGCGACACUUUCCUUGUUCGUGGCGGCAUGCGAACAGUGGAAUUCAAAGUCAUCGAAACUGAUCCCGCCGAAUUUUGUAUAGUGGCCCAAGACACCGUCAUCCAUACAGAGGGUGACCCCGUCAAGCGCGAAGACGAGGAAUCAAACCUUGCAGAUGUUGGCUAUGAUGAUAUUGGUGGCUGUCGAAAGCAGAUGGCCCAGAUCCGUGAACUCGUCGAGUUGCCAUUACGCCACCCACAACUCUUCAAGUCAAUCGGUAUCAAGCCUCCUCGUGGUAUUCUGAUGUUCGGUCCCCCUGGUACUGGAAAGACGUUAAUGGCUCGUGCGGUAGCCAACGAGACUGGCGCGUUCUUCUUCUUGAUCAAUGGCCCGGAGAUUAUGAGCAAGAUGGCUGGUGAGAGUGAGAGUAAUUUGCGGAAAGCAUUCGAGGAGGCCGAGAAAAAUUCACCUGCUAUUAUCUUCAUCGAUGAGAUUGACUCCAUCGCACCUAAGCGUGAAAAAACGAACGGUGAAGUCGAGCGUCGCGUAGUAUCGCAACUGCUCACUCUUAUGGACGGUUUGAAGGCUCGGUCCAAUGUUGUUGUCAUGGCCGCUACCAACCGGCCAAACUCCAUUGAUCCUGCCCUCCGUCGCUUUGGCCGUUUCGACCGUGAAGUCGACAUCGGCAUUCCGGACCCCACUGGCCGUCUUGAGAUUCUUCGCAUCCACACGAAGAACAUGAAGUUGGGCGAUGACGUUGAUCUUGAGCAGAUUGCCGCCGAUACACACGGCUACGUCGGUUCCGAUGUAGCAGCUCUUUGCUCAGAAGCUGCUAUGCAGCAGAUUCGUGAAAAGAUGGAUCUCAUUGAUCUCGACGAGGACACAAUUGACGCCGAAGUACUCGAUUCUCUUGGUGUUACUAUGGAUAACUUCCGCUUUGCCCUCGGUGCCUCCAACCCGUCCGCGCUUCGUGAGACUGCCGUCGAAGUGCCCACAGUUACCUGGGACGACAUUGGUGGUCUUGAUAAAGUCAAACUCGAGCUCCAGGAGACGGUGCAAUACCCUGUCGAGCAUCCUGAGAAGUUCCUCAAAUAUGGUAUGUCUCCGUCGAAGGGUGUCUUGUUCUACGGCCCUCCGGGGACGGGUAAGACUCUCCUCGCGAAAGCCAUCGCGAAUGAAUGUCAAGCCAACUUCAUCAGCAUCAAGGGGCCUGAGCUGCUCACGAUGUGGUUCGGUGAAUCAGAAGCCAAUGUUCGUGACGUCUUCGACAAGGCCCGUGCCGCGGCUCCUUGUGUCAUGUUCUUCGAUGAGCUUGACUCCAUCGCCAAGGCACGUGGUGGCUCAUCGGGCGACGGAGGAGGUGCAGGGGACCGUGUACUCAACCAGAUACUGACGGAGAUGGACGGUAUGAACGCCAAGAAAAACGUCUUCAUCAUCGGUGCCACUAACCGUCCUGAUCAAAUCGACCCUGCCCUACUCCGUCCUGGACGUCUCGACCAGCUCAUUUACAUCCCCUUGCCUGACGAAGUCUCUCGCUUGGCUAUUCUGAAGGCAGCCCUGAAGAAAUCACCCCUCGCACAAGACGUGGAUCUUGCAUUCUUGGCUAAGCAGACCCAUGGCUUCUCUGGUGCAGAUCUCACGGAGAUCUGCCAGCGCUCUGCAAAGUUGGCCAUUCGUGAAAGUAUUGAGUCUGACAUCAGGAGACAACGCGAGCAGAGGGAGAAGGAGGAGACUGAUGAUGCCAAGAUGGAGGAGGAUGAAGAGGACCCUGUUCCUGAGAUCACAAAAGACCACUUCGAGGAGGCGAUGAAGUACGCCCGUCGGUCGGUGUCUGACCAAGACAUCAGGCGGUACGAGAUGUUCUCCCAGAACCUGCAACAAUCACGUGGAUUCGGUAACAACUUCCGCUUCCCAGAGGGCGCACCCGCUGCUGGCGGCGCCCCAUCAGCCCCCGCUGGCAACGCUGGCUUCACGGAUGAUUCGCAGGAUGAUGACUUGUACGCGUAGAGAAUAUUUCGCAUGUCCGUUGCCAGUAAAUCAUAGAUUGCGCAUCCAACCACUUUGUACAUUAUGAAAUCGGAGUAAUAUUUGAACCUCGGGAAUUCUGUAC